AUGCAUGAAGGAGAAUCAUCUGCCGAUCUUGAUCAAGGCAUUUUGGGCGCUGGUCUCAUUAUACAUGGGAACAUCUCCGAACCUCGUUUCACGUAUCAAGAUAUGAGUCCUGGAAAGCGGGGCACUUCUGGUGCACCAGAAUCACUGAGAACCAAUUUGGCUGUAACAAGAUCGCGAAUUGCUUGCGGACUGUCUGCUCCGACCAAUUUGAAUCUCACUUUUAUCUGGGGCAAAACAGACAUUUCAAAACCAUUCCCUGCGACCUCCAAUGCCCUUGCAAACUUUGGAGAAGGAACGAUGACCAACCAACUCGUGGUAGCGGCAGCUAGUGUGCUGUACAACCCCUUACGUACUGCUUCGCACCCCACCAGCUCCGAUGCCCAAUAUGGAAUCUCCGCUUUGCUCGAAUUGGACCUAAAUGUGGGGGAAGGUUCGGCAGUCCUCCAUAGAACAGAUGGGGGCUUCGCCUGCAACGCAACACUCGAAGAUGUAGACAUCGACACAACGCUUACUCUGCCCGACUCCCAGUUCAACGCGUUGAAUCAGCAGCUCAGACGGCACCGCUGGAAAACUUUUACCUGGACUGUUGAGAGGAUGGGUGACAAGCAGCCCGAGAGAUGGGCAAAUCUCGACGAGAAGAUUUUCUAUUUAGGGUGGUUUCAGAAACGGGGAUAA